AACGGCCAUGUCAACAACCUGUUCAGCUUGCAGGAGCCGCAAAGUGCGUUGCGACGGCGUAAGCCCAGUCUGCGGGCCGUGUUCGAAAGCUCGUCGGCCCAUCGAAUGCGUUUACAUUGACACAACCCCGAGCGAGCCCAAAGGCCCUUUGCUUCAGAAAGGGAACGCAUGCCUUGCCUGCCGGCGAAAGAAGAAGAAAUGCGACGCUAAGCGCCCCUACUGUACGACAUGCAAAGUCAUUGGGAAGCAGCACGAAUGUCUCUAUGAAGAUAACGUUCAGCGUCAUAUAACAGAGGCGCUCAUGGCACGUACCCGGGAACUUGAGACUCGCCUGGCUGUCUACGAGGGUCAGUCUCAGGCAUUGUCUCCAGACACGCCAGGGAAUGUAAUCCAGGCUGACGAUGUCCUCUCAUUAACCCUUCCUCCGUCUUUACAGCUUCCACUUGUACCGGAUGAGAGCGGCAUACUCGACGACGCGUCUCCAGAUAUUAUAUCGAACCUAGGGGCAAUUCAAGGCCCUGACACAUCUGAACACUUCAUACCGUCGAACGGAAGUACUCCGUCUUCUUCAGCCUCUUCCAGUCAUACUCUAGUUUCUUUGCAGGAACUGAGUGACUACCGGGCCACUUUCCUCGCUCACCACUGUCAGCUCGGUGUCAGCUUGACAGAUGCGAAACUGCAGGCCAUCGCCAGCGGUGACAUUUCGGGAACACAUAUCCACCCAGUGCUAGUCUAUGCCGCGCAAGUUAUCGGCUGCUGCUUUUGGCAGCUACAACACCGAAUCACCUUGAACAGCGCAGUGGAGACAACGCAGCUCAAGCUCGUCGAGCGGGCCAUGAUCGACACACCGCCCCCAAUUGCUCGGCUGCAAGUGCACUGCAUCCUGGCAAUUUACUUCCUCCUCAAGCGACAGAUGCGCGAAGGCCGGGAGCAGCUCAUGAAGGCCGCGCAGGUCACCUUGCAUAACAAUCUAAGGUUCGAUACUCACAUGGCCGAGGCCUUUGCUACCCUCGAGCACACCAUCGACGACGCGCAGGAGCAGAUAUGCGCGCUGAGCCAGCUCAUGUACCUCGACAAAGCCUCCACGAUGGUGCUCAACGACCCCUCAUUACUGACCGACGAUUACGAUCGACAAUUCCAGUCCUUACCGUACAUGUUCCCGCACAUGACCAAGAACAACCUAGUCGUCCUGCGUGCCAGGAGCGUCGCGCUCCUCCAGGAAAGUCGUCGGCUCGCAGCGAGAUGGACCGAACUGAUUCUGAACCUGGGGACCUUCGAUCCGCAGGCGACGCUCGACGAGCAGACCAAGUGGUACGAAGACUAUUGGGGCCACCUGGAGGACGUGCUCGAGCACAACUCGACGCUCACCGUGAGCACGCUGAAGUCGAGCUUUGGUGGGCACAGGGAGUUGGAGUUGACGCUCAAGAUGUGCACCAUCAUGUCGCUCACGGCGGCCGCGGAGUUGCACCGACUGUUGGCAAGCCAUCAUCCGGACUCCCGUGCGAAGUGUCUGAGCACUGCUCUUGAGGUCGUCAGCAUCACCAAGGAGUUGCGUGACGAUGACUAUCAUUUCUUGGACCCAAUCUUGGGUACAUGCUGGUCUAUGGUCGCUGCACUGCUCGAGGAACAGCGACCACACGUCGAGGAACAUGCACAGCUGAAGACGUCCUUCAACAUCAUCCUCAAUUCCGCGAGCAAGCUUGGGCUUGCAUUGCCCUACAUGGAACGUUCGUUGGUCAACAUCAACAACGUCGCUCCUGCAUGCGAUGACAGUCAAAUACAGCUUUCUGACCUAUCUAUGUUCAACGCGUGAUAUCACUUUAGACUGCAAUCUUGAAAACCUCGUGAUCGGAUGUCGUUGGUUCACCUGAGUAAUCCAUGUAAGUUAGUAGCUAGAAAUACAUGCCACCAGUCGCCUCCCGAUCUCUGUGUACGGAUGAUCGUGUAA